AUGUCCGCCCGUAGACUUGUUCUCGCUGCACUUUCUGCCUCUGCUUUCGUUCUGCCUUCAGCAUUGGCGUUGGCAGUGAAAGCUGUCCCGCCGACGUCCUUCGUGCUCGUUGGAGAUAGUACAACCGCCAACGGUGGCGGUUGGGGAAACGGGUUCUGCGGUUCGACGAUCACAGGAAACAUUGCCUCCCUCGCACCUGGCACACUAUGCAUAAACACGGCGCGUAACGGCACGACGACGGGAACCUUCGUCGCUGAAGGCUUCUGGGACGCCUCCGUCGCCGCGAUCAAAGGCGAAGUAGCCAAAGGCCGGCGCACGUACGUGACGAUCCAGUUCGGACACAACGACCAGAAGAUUGCGCCUCCCGAGUCGAUGGGCGCUAACCUGACAGCGAUGGUGAAGCAAGUCCGUGCCCUUGGCGCGGAGCCUGUGCUGGUGACAAGCUUGACGAGGCGAUCGUUCCGGUCGAAUGGGACCGUCGCGGAUACGUUGGGUCCUUGGGCUGAUGAGAUGAUCCUGAUUGCGCAACAACAAAGUACGCAUGUGCUAGAUUUGCACGUCGCUUCGAUAAAAUAUGUUGAAGCAAUAGGUCCCGAUGCGGCGCAUAGGCUAAACAGACUCCCGGAGGACAAUACCCACUUGAACGUCAACGGGACGACGGUCUUCGGCAGAAUGGUCGCCGACUUUAUUUCUGCGAGCUUUCCUGGGCAACUUCCUGUGAUACCCAACCCGACUCUGACGUUCAACAUCUCGCAUGGGAUUGCGUCGUUUUGA